AUGUUGUCGCAUUUGAUUUUGUCGCUCUUUCUGGCCAGCAGUCGCGUGCUGGUCGAUGCUGCCUCCAACGCGGUUGAAGAUUAUGAUGUACUGCAGUACAUUAACCCACUGAUCGGCAGUGCCAACGGAGGAAAUGUCUUCGCGGGUGCCACGCUACCAUACGGCAUGGCCAAGGCCGUUGCUGAUACCGACUCGGAAUCAAACCAAGGCGGCUUCGCCUACGAGAACAGCAAUAUCACCGGCUUUUCGAGCAUGCAUGAUUCCGGUACCGGUGGCAGUCCCUCUCUCGGCAACUUUCCGCUCUUUCCUUACGCAAAAUGCAAUGGCGAUGAUCCCAACGGCUGUGCCUUUCCGAAGAAGGCUAGAAAGACUCCAUACAAACAUGAUUCGGUCAAGUCAAGCCCUGGGUAUUUCAGUAUUGAGCUAGCCUCCGGUGUUCGGGCGGAGAUGACUGCUGCUCAUCAUACUUCACUUUUUCGUUUUAAUUUCCCUUCCAACACCGAGGACAGCCCGCUGCUUCUAUUAGAUCUUUCAGACCUAUCGGAUACACGACAAGACAAUGCGACUAUCUCAAUCGACGAGUCUAGCGGGCGCAUGACGGGCAGCGCCAAGUUUCUUCCAAGCUUUGGCAGUGGAUCUUAUAACCUGCACUUCUGUGCGGAUUUCCAGAGUUCCGGCUGGUUGCGCGAUAGUGGCAUCUUUGUCAAUACUCGCGUUAGCAAUGAUGUUCAUGAUCUCACCAUUUCGCGCAGUAUCAAUGGGUACCCUCUUCCGGGUGGUGGAUUUAUUCGGUUUCAAAGCCCACCUGAUGGAAUUGUCAAUGCUCGCGUCGGUGUCAGCUUCAUGAGCGCUGAACAGGCUUGCUCGCACGCAGAGUCGGAAAUUCCAAACUUUAACUUCCAGACCACAAAGCAAAAUGCAAUUGAUCAAUGGGAGGAAAAAAUGAAGCCCAUUCGCGUUUCCCGGGAUGGUAUCAAAUCCGAUGUCCUCACCAACUUCUACAGUGGAAUUUACCGUACGAUGGUGAAUCCUCAGAACUACACUGGCGAGAACCCUCUAUGGACAAGCUCGGAGCCGUACUUUGAUUCCUUUUACUGUCUUUGGGAUUCUUUCCGGUCGCAGAUUCCAUUUCUCACGAUUUUCGACCCCAACUCUGUCACUCAAAUGGUGCGCUCAUUGAUUGAUACCCAGCGCCACCUCGGGUGGCUUCCGGACUGCCGGAUGUCGCUAUGCAAAGGUUCGUACUGCAACGAGAAUAAAGACCUCCAUAUAUUGAUCAUCUCUGCAGGUUUCACACAAGGCGGAUCCAAUGCUGAUAAUAUCCUCGUCGAUGCCUUUAUCAAGGGACUUGACGACGAAAUUGAUUGGGAAGCGGGAUAUGCUGCUGUCCAAAAGGACGCCGAGGUUGAGCCAUUUGAUUGGUCCAAUGAAGGCCGAGGAGGCUUGAAAAGUUGGAAGGAGGUCAAUUACAUCCCCGUGGAGGACUUUGACUAUGAGGGUUUCGGGACCAUGACACGGAGUAUCUCUCGCACCCUGGAGUACUCCUACAACGAUUUCGCCAUCGCGCAAAUGGCCCGAGCUAUGAACAAGACCCAAGAUGCCACGCGUUAUGAGAAUAACUCUCGAUUCUGGAAGAAUCUGUUCAAAGAUGAUCAGACUUCAUUUGUCAAUGGUACCAACACAGGGUUCACUGGGUUCUUCCAACCCAAGUACUAUAAUGGCACUUGGGGGCAUCAAGACCCACUCCAGUGUUCGAAUAUCGAUAUGGCUGGAAGCAUUUGUUCGCUCCAGAACACUGCUGGGGAAACCUUUGAGUCGAGCAUUUGGGAGUAUCAGUUCUUCGUUCCCCAUGAUAUGAAGACACUUAUCAAGAUGCUUGGCGGCGAAAACAACUUUGUUCGGCGCCUGGAUUACUUACACGAUCGAAACAUCACCUACAUCGGCAACGAGCCAGCUUUCCUUACAGUAUUCCAAUAUCAUUACGCCGGUCGCCCAGCCAAAUCAACCGCACGUGUCCGCACCUACAUCCCAGACUACUUCUCUCCGACGCCAGCAGGACUUCCGGGAAACGACGACUCCGGUGCAAUGGGCUCCUUUGUCGCAAUGUCCAUGAUGGGACUUUUCCCGAAUCCUGGCCAGAGUGUUUAUUUGAUCACGGUUCCCUUCUUCAAAUCAGUCAGCAUUAAGUCGCCUCUCACGGGGAAGACGGCUACCGUGAAGGUUACCAAUUGGGAUAAAUUUAACUCACUCAACAAUACUGCAGGCACUGGGGGCACUGGCUUCAUUCAGUCGGCCUCCCUGAACGGCAAGCCUUACACGCGCAGCUGGCUUGAUCAUGAUUUCUUCACGGAGGGGAAGGAGUUGGUUCUUACUUUGAGUGAACAGGAGAGUAAGUGGGGAACAGCCCCCGAAGACCGGCCUCCCUCUUUAGAAGAGUCUUCAUCUGAGGUUCAAGAACGUGAAUGGAGGGCCUUAGAUGAGAAAGCCACUGAGCCUGUGCCUCUACUCGGCUCGACUAGAAAGCACUACGCUAGACACAGUAUGCAUUUUGAGCACCAUGCUCGCUUUGCAAAGGAGUGGUAG